AGUCACUGCAGCAGUAGCAGCAGCAAACAACAGCAACAACAGCAGCAGCAGCAGCAGCCACAGCAGCAGCAAAAGCGUCAGCAGGAACAGCAUCAGCAGCAACAAAAAAUCCUCAUCAAAUCCUCACCUAGGCUUUCAGUGUAUCCAGAUCCACAUCUUCACGCAAGCCGGGAGAGGGAAAGAGGAAAGGGGGGGAGGAAAAAAAAAAAAACCCAACAACUUAGCGGAAACUUCUCAGAGAAUGCUCCAAAACUCAGCAGUGCUUCUGGUGCUGGUGAUCAGUGCUUCUGCAACCCAUGAGGCGGAGCAGAAUGAUUCUGUGAGCCCCAGGAAAUCCCGGGUGGCAGCUCAGAACUCAGCUGAAGUGGUUCGCUGCCUCAACAGUGCUCUGCAGGUUGGCUGCGGGGCUUUUGCCUGCCUGGAGAACUCCACCUGUGAUACAGAUGGGAUGUACGACAUCUGUAAAUCCUUCUUGUACAGCGCUGCUAAAUUUGACACUCAGGGAAAAGCAUUUGUCAAAGAGAGCUUAAAGUGCAUCGCCAAUGGGGUCACCUCCAAGGUCUUCCUCGCCAUUCGGAGAUGCUCCACUUUCCAGAGGAUGAUUGCUGAGGUGCAAGAGGAGUGUUACAGCAAGCUGAAUGUGUGCAGCGUCGCCAAGCGGAACCCCGAAGCCAUCACCGAGGUGGUCCAGCUCCCCAAUCACUUCUCCAACAGAUACUAUAACAGACUUGUCCGAAGCCUCCUGGAAUGUGACGAAGACACAGUCAGCACCAUCAGAGACAGCCUGAUGGAGAAAAUUGGGCCCAACAUGGCCAGCCUCUUUCACAUCCUGCAGACAGAUCACUGUGCCCAAACAUACCCGCGAGCUGACUUCAACAGGAGGCGCACGAGCGAGCCACAGAAGCUGAAAGUCCUCCUCAGGAACCUCCGAGAAAACUGCAUGAAACUAGGCUUCUGUAAUCAAUAUCCCAACAUUCUGCAAUGGCAGCGUUCCCACAGACAGAAUACGUGUGAUCUUUCUGCCUCUCGGCAGGAGAGAGUACCCUUUUGAUCACUUCCCUCUACCGUGUCUUCUCCCGGGUCCCCUCAAACUACUCUCAAACACAGAGCAUUCGCGUAAGGCCCAGUCCUUGUAACUGGAAGAUGUGGAGGCCUUUUAGGAUGGUUACCCCAGUAGAGUUAGCUGAUGAGAAGCAACUUAACUUAAAUGCAUGUCUUAAACGCUCAUAAAGAUGUUAAAUGGAAUUCGUGUGAUGAAUCUGUGCUGGCCAUGGACGAAUAUGAAUGUCGUGUUUGAAUUCUUGAUCUCUCAUGAGCUAGUAUCUUACGGUCUUGAUCCUCUAGUGUGUAAUUUCCUUUCCAACACAUUUACCAAAUUGCUCAAGCCUGGCUCUUCAACCAGAGUUUGGGCCUGCAUCUUCUUGCAUCUCAUGAAAAACAAAAAGCUAACAUCUUUAUGUACUGUAACUGCUCAGAGCUUUAAAAGUACCUUUAACAAUUGUCUUAAAACCAGAGAAUCUUAAGGUCGAACUGUGGAAUAUAAAUAGCUGAAAACUAAUGUACUGUACAUAAAUUCCAGAGGACUCUGCUUAAACAAAGCAGUAUAUAAUAACUUUAUUGCAUAUAGAUUUAGUUUUGUAACUUAGCUUUAUUUUUCUUUUCCUGGGAAUGGAAUAACUAUCUCACUUCCAGAUAUCCACAUAAAUGCUCCUUGUGGCCUUUUUUAUAACUUAAGGGGGUAGAAGUAGUUUUACUCAACAUCAAAACUUAAGAUGGGCCUGUACGAGAUAGGAAAAACCAACAGGUUUAUCUGAAGGACCCCAGGUAAAAUGGUAAUCUCCCAGCCCACCUCAACCCAGAGGCUACUCUUGACUUAGAUCUAUCCUGAAACGGCUCUGUCACAACCAACUGGGAAUUACGGGAACCGAAAAGAGCAUCCCUUUGGGCUUGGACCACUUACAGCGUCAUAAGGCCUACUCUAUCUUGGGAAGUGGCAAUUCUUGUCUCACCGCCUCUCAUCCGUGCCUCAUAGCUCUGGCAAACUGAUGACGGCAUGGGAGACCUUCCAUUAAAUCGAUCAGGAACGAGUCAAUCAGCCUUUGGGUCUUCAGUUCCGGGGACUUGGGGCUGAGGGGGUAUAAAUAACCCUGGGCUGUCCAGCCUUAAUAGACUCCUCUUACAUUUUUGUCCUGUAGCACGCUGCCUGCCAAAGUAGUCCUGGCAGCUUGGGCCAUCUCUGUAGGAUCGCAAAAAAAAAUAAAAAUAAAAAAAUAAAAAAUUUAAAAAAAAAAAACAAAAAAACAAAAAAAAAAAAAACAAAAAAAAAAGAAAAAAGAAAAAAAAGAAAAAAAAAAGAGAGGGAAAAAAGAGCUGGUGGUUUGAUUAUUUCUGCCGUGAUGUUUACAAGAUGGCAACCACCAAAGCCAAAUGACUAACCUAUCUAUGAACAACAGUAGUUUCUCAGGGUCACUGUCCUUGAACCCAACAGUCCCUUAAGAGCGUCACUGCCCACCAAAGGUCAAUGUUGAGGGAGAAAGAGGGAGGAGGGGUAGGACUGCAGGGGCCACUCCAAACUCGCUUAGGUAGAAACUAUUGGUGCUUGACUCUCACUAGGUUGAACUCAAGAUUUGACCAAAUCGAGUGAUAGGGUUCCUGGUGGGAGGAGGGAGGGCACAUCUCCAGAAAAAUGAAAAGCAAUACAACUUUACCAUAAAGCCUUUAAAAGCAGUAACGCGCUGCUCAAGGACCAAGGGCAAUCGCAGCAGACCCAGCAGCAAGAGCAGCACGGCGUUGCUGCCUUUGUCCCCACACAGCCUCUAAGCGUGCUGACAUCGGAUUGUUAAGAGCAUUUUUAUACUCAGAACUGUCCCAUCCCCAGGUCCCCAAACAUAUGGACACUGCCUUAGCCUCUUGGAAAUCAGGUAGACCACACGCUAAGUUGACUCUCCCCCUCCCGCCCUCCCCAGCCCCUACCCCCAGGCAAGGCUGACUUCUCUGAACCAGAAAAGCUACCCAAGUAUGUGUGUUGUGUCCAUUUCGCAAACCCACUAAGCCAGGACCCCAAUGCGACAAGUAGUUCACGAGGAUUCCUAGCCAAAUUCUCUCUUACUUCAGUCCAGUAGGUUCUCUUUGUUUGCUGUGACCUCUUCAAACCGUGGUACCCCCCUUUUCUCCCCACAGCGAUACUUCUAUAUGUAUCUAUAAUACAUAUAUCCACACGUAUGGAAAGAAGCAGUUCUCACGAUGUUGCUAGUUUUUUGCUUCUCUUGUCCCCAUCCGACCCCACUCCUUCCGACUCCCCUUUAAACUUCCAAAGCUUCGUCUUGUGUUUGCUGCACAGAGUGAUUCGGGGGCUGACCUAGACCAGCUUGCAUGAUUCUUCUAUCGUGAUUUGGUUGCACUUUAGACAUUUUUGUGCCAUUAUAUUUGCAUUAUGUAUUUAUAAUUUAAAUGAUAUUUAGGUUUUUGGCUGAGUACUGGAAUAAACAGUGAGCAUAUCUGGUAUAUGUCAUUAUUUAUUGUUAAAUUACAUUUUUAAGCUCCAUGUGCAUAUAAAGGUUAUGAAACAUAUCAUGGUAAUGACAGAUGCAAGUUAUUUUAUUUGCUUAUUUUUAUAAUUAAAGAUGCCAUAGCAUAAUAUGAAGCCUUUGGUGAAUUCCUUCUAAGAUAAAAAAUAAUAAUAAUAAAAAUAAAGUGUUACAUUUUAUUGUUUUUUUCCCC